AAUUAUCGUUUAAUUCUAUUCUUUCAGGGUAACGAAGAAAACAGAAUUGCUUCAGAAAACACUCUCAGUUUGAACGAAACAGGAAAUACUGUCACUGAUGAAACUACGGGCACGCCUUUCGCCACCCCAAAACCAUUUCGGAAAAGAAGACGGCCUGAAGUAGAACAAGAUCCAACACAACAAGAAGCUGUAAAUAUUUUACAAAGAAUGUACGAAUCUAGAAAAAGCAGGGAUGAAAAUGACGCAUUUGGAGAGUAUGUAUCGAUGAAACUGAAACAAAUAAAAAACAGUCAUGCUAAGAAUACUGCUCAACAUCACAUUAACAAUAUUUUGUACAAUGCGACAAUGGGACAAUAUGAUUUUCCAACAACCUUUACAGACCCAACCGCUAGUAGUUCCUGGGGAUACAACUCUGAACCAAAUCUAUCCACUUUUUCGGAAAAUAAUGCUGACUGUAGCUCGAGAGGAUACUACACCGCACCGAGUCCCUCGGCUUCAUUUGAAACCAGUUCUUCGGAUAACUCCAGGACACAUACUCGUACCAGCGCAAGAACACAGAGUCCGUCUAAUUUAUCGGAAUCAAGCCAAGAUUCGACCCAAUCAUUAAACGAUUUGUUGGAAUCAAUCAAAAAUUAAAAAAUACAUGUUUGGUUUGUUAAUUAUUAAAAAAAAUAUUAGUAAGGUAAGGUAGGUACCUACCUAAAGUAUGAUUAGAUUAGAUCAUAUUAAAAGUAAAUAAAAAAACAAUUAAAAAUGUUGUUUGACUUACCUGUAUGUAUUCCUUUAAAACCUCAUUGAGAGCCUCGCACACUUCUGGUACGAUAAUAGAUAUCACUUGGUCUGACAACUUCAACACAUUUCCAAGACUUUUAUAACUGCUACCAGUUGCCAAAAAUCUUAACGUUACUGCAAGUCUUUCCGUCACACUUACAGAUUUUCUAAAUGUAGUGUCUCGUUUGCCUAUUUU